AAAAAUCCUCGGAUAUUUAUCUUUGUGGACCAAUCACGGUCAAGCAAGAUGUCGUUCUAAGGUACAACCCAGUGUGUGUGAAAAAACUAUCACUAGUCUGUACACUUUCACAUUCGGUUUCUCAGCAGCUACACUCCUGUGUACAGAGCUCACCAACACCAUGGCUUCGAAAAAUAACAGCUCUCAAAUGAGGGAUUGCCUUACACACUCGGAAACAGCCAGGGAAAGCAGAGCGGGAUCGAGCCGAGAGACAGUGCCCCCGAAACAAACGUUCGGUGAGACCUGCAGUGCUGAGCCUCCCAACUUGAGGCAAAAACAAGGCACUGAGGCAUGGCCAGGAAAUCCAUGUGAUGUGGGAAAGCUGAAGAGAGAACCUGAUUGCCACAUGCAGCUGGACAGACUGUGUGCAAACAAGAAACACACAGUGCUUAUAGAUAUAAACGAAUUUUACAAGGGCAAAAUAGUUCCACAUAAAAAUUUGGCAACGCGCGGUUGGGACAAAUUCCAUGUGAAAUUACCCCAAGAUUAUCCACCGAAUGGCAAGGAGUCUCGCUGGGAAGCCACAAAGAGAGCUCUGACAAAGCUUAAGAAUGCUUCAGCAGGAGAUGUAGAGAAAGCCAUUAAAACUUACAAUCAAGCCUACUCUAAGGACUGGCAUUUUGAUGGCCUUCACACAUAUGUUGCGAUUUUACCAAAGCUGGAGAACAAUUUUUCCAGUGUGAUCUCGAAAAUGGCCAGACUGGCAGUGAAUCUGCCCAACCUCAUCCAACAACCCAUCCCGUUGCUGAGGCAGAACAACCCCCACGCCAUAACGAUGUCCCAGGAGCAGAUCUCCUGCCUGCUGGCCAAUGCAUUCUUCUGCACCUUUCCCCACAGAAACACACAUCACCCCAGGAGUGAAUACAGCAAUUUCCCCACCAUCAACUUCAGCAGCCUGUUUGCUGAAGGGUCUCAACGGAAGUUGCAGAAGCUGAGAGCCCUUUUUCACUACUUCAGCACUGUAACUGAUGAAGCUACCAAACCAGAUGGACUGGUCACGUUUGAAAGAAUUUGCAUUCCUCGACCUGAGUGGCCUGAAUGGAAUAGGCGUUCAGAAAAUAUGACCAACCUUCAAGUGUUUCCGAAUGGCUUAAUCGAGAAGGAGGGUGAAGGCAUGCUGCAGGUGGAUUUUGCCGCCAAGUUUGUAGGUGGAGGAGUGCUCGGGCGAGGACUGGUGCAGGAAGAGAUUCGCUUCCUACAGUGCCCUGAACUGAUUGUGGCCAGGCUCUUCACUGAAAAACUGGCCGACAACGAAUGCCUGAAGAUCACAGGUGUCCAGAUGUACAGCAAAACCUCUGGCUACAGCGAUGACUUUGAGUGGCACAGCCCUCAUAAAGACUCCACUGAAAGGGAUGAAUGGAAACGGCGUUACUGUCAGAUUGUUGCCAUCGACGCUUUGAACUUCGAUGACCCGAGACAGCAGUACACCGAGGAAAGCAUAAAACGAGAGCUCCUCAAGGCGUACGUCGGGUUCAGGAAGGAUCCUGAUAUUCCUAUUGAAUACACUCCAGCUAUUGCAACUGGCAACUGGGGAUGCGGAGCUUUUAAAGGUGAUCCAAUGCUCAAAGCUCUUAUCCAGAUGAUGGCUGCCGCUGUGGCUCAGCGAGACUUGGCCUACUUCACCUUUGGCAAUAAGAUACAGGCAGUCGACCUGGAGAAAAUGCAUGGGUUACUGAAGCGUCGAAAGAUAAGUGUGGACAAGUUAUACAACCUGCUGAAGGACUACUGUGAGCACCGCAGUCGUCAUCAUGGACCGAAGAACGUGUUUGACUACAUCCGCGAGAAGAUCACUGGUUCCAGUCAGCUGUAAAAACCUGCAGGUCUUUGGAAGGGACACAAUAAAUCAACUGCGUUUCUCUUAAAAUGACAAACUGUAAUGCUGUUCAGUUUCAGUUCCAGAGUUUAGAUUCAGCUGCAGCACAAACUUAAAUGUUGUCUUUGGUGUGAGCACUUUAUUCACCUGUUUUAAUGGGAUUUUCAUUACAAAAACAAAUCAUGAAGUGUCGAUAUUUCUUUUAAUAAGUAAAGCUGUGUGUGUUUUUAGAAACUGAAAUUCAUUUAACUGCAACAUUUGUGCAUAUACACUCGAAGAAGAGAAUGAAAGAAAAGACGCUUUUCUUGAAAGAAGUAUUUUAAGAGUCCAACAUACAUUAUUAAGAAAAUAUAUAAAAAUUCACUCGUUUUGUAGAGAUUUGUUUGACGUUAUUUGACAAUAAAAGUAUACUUCAUG